UGACUGCAAGCCAGAUAUACACAGCAGUUUACUCAAAGCGGUGUACGCGACUUUCACAGCGUCAACUGGGCGAAGAUCUUUUUAUAGAUCUAACUGAUAACAGCCGUCAUGAAGGCUGUUUGGCUGCUUCUCCUUGCCUUGGCGUGCAUAUUAUCUUUUUCUAUCGUUGGGAGUAAAAAACAUGACGCUGUUGUAGAGGACAAUGACUUUGCUGAGUUCGAAGAAUUUGAAGAUGAAGAAGAUGAUGGAAUUGUAACGGAGGAAACUGAAGGUGAAGAAGAAGUGGCAAGGAAACAGACGAGUGCUCCUGAUGACCAGGAUGAGGAAUUUGAAGAGGAAGAGGAGGAAGAAGAGGAUGAUGAUUCCUUAGCUGAUGAUGAGUUUGAGCAUUUGCAUGAUGAAGAGGAGUUUGAAAACUUCGACACAGAGAAAGAUUCACCAAAAAGCAAAACUCCAGACAAGUUGCCAGACUUGCAGAUGGCUAAAGUGCCUUUACACUUGAGGACCAGCUGGGACAGCUUCUACCUGGAGAUGCUUAUGAUAGCAGGUUUAGCUGUGUACUUCCUCAAUUUCCUGGCUGGAAAAAACAAGAACUGUAAGCUCGCAACAGCAUGGCUCACAGCUCAUAGAGAGCUUCUGGAAACACAGUUCAGUAUUGUAGGGGAUGAUGGUGUCGCCAAGGAGGUAACGUCGGGAGUCCUGAUGAAGGAAUCUGAGAAUGUGUAUGCCCUUUGGUGCAGUGGUCGCUCUUGUGUUGAGGGGAUGCUUGUUGAGUUGAAGCUUUUGAAGCGUCAAGACUUGAUCAACUUUUUACUCAGGAUAUUCAAGCCUGCAUCAGACCAGAUUGUUGUGAAAGUGGACAUUGAUGAAGGAAAAAUGGACAACUUUGUUUUUGCCAUAGCUCAAAAACGAUCUGCUGCAAAACUCCACAAAGAUAUGAAUGAUCUGAGUCAGUUUGCUGAGAAAAAGAGCAUUGAGAAGUUUGACAUACCUUCCUCAUACCAACUUCUGUCUGAGAUUGGGGAAGGAACUGCUGCUGUGUUAGAUAAAAAGGUGUGCCAAGUGUUAACGAAGUAUGAAGGUGUGAUUGAGUACAUUCAUGUGUCUGAUCAAUAUUCUGGUCUCAAAGUGCAAGAGGAUACCCAACCAACUAAAAUGCCGGAGACGAAACCCUGUUUGCUGUUUUGCUUCACUGUGCCUGGCAAGGGCAGGACUCGUGCUGUGGACAUGGAGAACCUGAAGCCCCUGAUGCAGUUGGUCUUCUACUGUGUGGACAAAGUGGCCAGACUUCAGCUGAGCAAAGAGGCCCGCUUUAAGGCUGAGAAGAACCGCCAAAAGGCUGCUGAGUUGUUCAUCAAGGCUGCUCACUCUCAGCGCCAGGAGCUGGCCCAGCAGCGCCGGGAGGAGAAGAAGCGUGCUGAGAAGGAGAAGCUCAUGGCUGAGGAGGACCCCGACCGCGCUCGUAAGCUCGAGGAGCGCGAGAGCCGCAGGGAGUCGAAGAAGAAGCAGCCAAAGAUGAAGAUGAUGAAGAUCAAGGCCAUGUAAAAAAACAUGGACGUCUUCUUUAUCAAGGGCCUGAAGUACACUGUAUCCUGUUGUGUGCCUGUUCUGUCAUGUACUUGUUUUACGUCUUUUGUUUUGUGUUAAACAGUAUGUAUCAAGUAUGCUAGCUUUUUGUGCUUUUGUGUGAUCCUUUUUUACAGAACAAACCAAACUGUACAUCAGAGUAAGAAUAUAUAUGCCAUUUCUUUGUCCUUUUUAUUGGGUUUUUUUUUUGGGGGGGGGGGGGUUGGUCUCUUUGCUACCUAUUCUCAAGUUUAAAAAAUUGUUGGGUUUUGCUUUUUUCUUUUUUGUUGCCCUUAGGAAAGAAAUAAAUCUAGAUCGGUACUUCAGAAAUAGAAGGCCAUUUGUUGCAUGCAAGUACUUCAGUUUCAUAAGAUACAAAUAUCUUGAGCUUUUAGUAAAGGCCUGACCUCAAAACACUCAAAAUUGCUUAUUUGUGAGGAAGGUGGAGGAUUUAUGAACUGUCGCUCAUGAGAGAAGAUAUUAUGUUAAGGUUUUACUGUGUUGGAUGUGCAGCUGUCUAGAUCACAAUAAAUAUUCACCAAAAGUGAAUAACACUUUAGUUUUGUACGGUACUUUUACUUUUGUUCUGACAUACACCAGUUCUCUUUUAGUGCCGGCAGUUUGACGUUGGAUUUACCGAGCUGUCUCGUGUUAGUACUAUGUGUUAAUAGUAGCUCCUCCUGUCGGGAUUCAUUCAUGGCUGGGGUCAGUCCCAUUUCAGAGCUUUCCCAGGCAGCAUUGCAUCAUUGCACACGAUAAUGAAAUGAUCAGUUUUUUUUACAACUGGGAGAACAUUUGAUAUAACUCAUUUUCUUUGCCGGUGGGGUUUUAACUUUUUGUGUUGGGGGGGGGAGGGGGGCACAAUGUUUCACUUAACUGGUUCAUUUUGUUUCUAAUGAGCUGGCCUCAUAAAGAAUUACUCUGUCUGGGUGAUUUUAAGCAAUUUUUUAAAAAAAGAAGUAAAAAUUUAGUUUUGUUUCGUUCUCUUUUUUAUUCAACCUUGUUUCUUACAAGAGCUCGCGAGAGAUUUUGGCCGUCUCACUAUAUUAUUUUCUAUGCUAAGCUUUGCUUCUCCAUCUACUCCUGGGUAUGUUUAUUCACAUAAAUCCAAUCAUCAUGUGUGACAGUAUAAAGAGCUAGACAGGAAAAUGAAGGGAAAUAAAAUGUUACUUAAUCUAGAAUGCUUCAAAUACUGUAAGUACAUUUUUAAUUGAACUUGUUACAUUUCCAUUAUUUAUUGGCGAUUGUUUCAAAAGUUUGCAAUAACUUUUUUUAAAAAGCUGAUUUCUCAUAAUACGGGCAAAAAAAAGUUAUUGUUUACUCUGCUGCUAUGAACGGGGUAUUUGUUGAAAAUUAUGUCCAACGCAUAAUUUACAUUUCAAAGGAUCCUAGUUUAUUUAUCAUUUUCUUUGAUGUAGCAGUAAACAUGUUGACGAUAUUAUGACUGGAUGCCAAUGAUACCUUCAUUUUAACCAUUGUUUUAUCAUUUUAAAUAUAUCAUUAAGCAGAGAAAGUCUGUCCGUUACAAUACAUUUCUUUUUUUUCAUUAACUCAUGGAAUUCUUCAUAUGUGUUUUCAUAUGGUUUUCUUACAUUUUUUCAUGAGAUUAUAAUGUAUGCUGUUUUGUUUUCAUCAAAUGUGUACUGCCCAAUACACGGAUAAUAAAAUUUAUUAAAUAUUUACUCA